AUGUUGGUUACAUGCUUCGCGCGUAUAGGCUCUUCGACUCUGCCAUCGUUUCACUGCACUCGGCAUCUUCAGCCCAUGCCGCCCUCGCAGGGCCCCACUUCGCCUGGUGUUGCUCGCGUGGCCUCCGCGGCGGAGGUCCUGCCCCAGCUGCGAACUGCCGGCGCCUGCAUCCUGGAGGGUGCUGGGACCUCGCGGGAGGAGGCCAAGGCGUUGCCGCGGCGGAUCUUCGGCGCGGCCCUGGCAGCGGCACCGGAGCCGGCAGAGGUCUCGGAACGGACUCUGGGUGCACGUGGCAUUCGCAAGGACGACUCCUUCCGGGCUCACACUGAUGGCCACGCAUACGGAGACCUCUUCCCGGACUACUUCCUGCUGCUCUGUGCACAUGCGAGUGAACAGGGGGGCGGGAACUUUAUCAUUGACGGCUAUGCAGUCCUUGACGGGCUAGCAGAAGACACGGACACUGCCUGGGUAGUGGAGGCACUGGAAACAAGGCCUGUUGAUCAAACGUCCCGGCUGCCGAGCAUAACGCCCGUCGUUCUGAGGGCCCCUGAUGGGCGGCGCGCCCUGCGCUGUCGCCUGUCCGGUCCGCCUUCAGCGUUUGCAGCGCAAAGGGUCAGCCCAGACUCCGACGACCCGGAUCAGGAUUCACGAAUGUUGGCGAUCUACCAUCAAGCCGUGGAGGAAGCUGCCGAAGCGGCCGGCAGGAUCUACCUGCGGCCAGGGGACGCGCUGAUCGUCGACAAUUACCGCAUGUUCCAUGGCCGUGACCCCUACGUUGAUCCGAAUCGCCUGCUGUGGCGCUGUUGGAUUUGGACCUGUGCUGCGAGGGGGAUCCCAGAAUCAGAGCUGCACUCCACUCCUGGCGACACCGCCGGCAGAGUGUGCUCCGAUGAGGCACCCCUGAAACGGCAGCGGCUAGAGGAGGGACCAGACAGGUGCAGCUAG